AGCAAUUAGAGGAAACAAUCCGUCCUGAUACCAGUUUGGUGUCCAUAAUGACGAUCAACAAUGAGAUUGGUGUCAAACAACCAAUCAAAGAAAUAGGUCAUCUGUGUAGGUCCAAAAAUGUGUUCUUCCACACUGAUGCUGCUCAGGCUGUUGGAAAGAUCCCCAUUAAUGUCAGUGAAUGGAAAGUGGAUCUGAUGUCCAUCAGCGGCCAUAAGAUCUACGGGCCCAAAGGAGUUGGGGCUUUGUACGUGAGGAGGAGACCCAGAGUUCGUAUUGAGCCUUUGCAGAACGGAGGGGGUCAGGAAAGGGGUCUACGUUCAGGGACCGUGCCCACACCUCUCGCCGUAGGCCUCGGAGCCGCUUGUGAGAUCGCCCAGCAAGAGUUAGAGUACGAUCACAAGCGUGUGACAGUGCUUGCAAAUCGCCUUGUGCAGAAGAUCAUGUCGGAGAUUCCUGAUGUUGUGAUGAAUGGAGACCCAGAUCAGAGGUACCCAGGAUGCGUUAAUUUAUCAUUUGCCUAUGUUGAGGGGGAGAGUAUGUUGAUGGCGUUAAAAGAUAUUGCGCUUUCAUCUGGAAGCGCCUGCACAUCUGCUUCUUUGGAGCCCUCAUAUGUCCUCAGAGCAAUAGGGGCAGAUGAGGACUUGGCGCACUCGUCUAUUCGAUUUGGAGUUGGCAGAUUUACCACUGAGGAGGAAGUGGACUAUACAGCGGAGAAGUGCAUUCAGCAGGUCAAACGGCUGAGGGAGAUGAGGUGAGCUGUUCAUGCUUGAUUUGAAU